CAUCUGCCUCAUCGAAGCCAGUCGAGGUCGAUGGGCAAACGCAGCCGCAAGCACCAAAGCAACUGGAACCGUGUCUCAGCGCAGUAUUCAUCAUCGUCGUCGUCGUCGGCAUCCGCAUCUUUGCUCUCGCCACUGGCUGGUGCAUCCGCAUCCUCGCUGUCCAACGAACCAGGCCCGACACCCUCCGUUCAUGAUCUGCUGAACCGCACCCGCCGGAGCCAGCCUCGCGCUGUGGCCGCAGAAACUGGUCUAUCCUCUGCGUUCGUUCACUACAAUGAGCAUCUUCAAAAUAUGGAGCGAAACCUGGUGCGGCACAUGUCGCGGCUGAAUGUCGCCGGCCCCGCUCCACCGCUCGGAUGGGUCCAAGGCGGCCAUGCCCAGACCAGGCAGGUGCAGCAAAACUGGAUGGCACUGCAUGUCGACGCCACGCCACCGUCCGACAGCGAGCUGCAUGUGGCUCCGUCGCUGCAGUCGCUCUGUGUGGCCGUCAUCGGCAAGCACAUCCGCCACUACGCCCGCCCCGCCCAGAAGCUGCUCUUCUCAUCGCUGCUGUUUUUCGAGAAGGAGCAAAUCAUGAAGCAUUGCCGCGACCUGACCGUCACGCAACUGGAACUCUUCAAGGACCCGCUCAUGCGGUCCUGCAGCCUCACCGGGUCCUCCAAGAUCGGUCUCAAGGACCUGUGCGAGCUCCUGGCGCCGCAUGUGCGGAGGCGCAUCUGGAGCAGCGACAGCUCCGGGCUCGCCGACGACGAGAACAUCCACACCCUCUUCUUAGGCCGAGCAUCCGUGGCCGACCAUUGCCAAGAGACCGUGCUCCGGGCCAUCGCCGCAGGAAGCGACAGCGAGCACUUGAGCCCCAGCACCGAUGAGCACGAGGCACUGCGCUGUGACGACGAUCCGGUCGACGACUGGGAGGAUCUCUGUGAGAGCGAUGACGAAGCCAUUGGCAACAGCAGCACCUCACAGCCGCUGUCACCCGAAGCCGAGCCUCGACUCCCAAGCCCGACUCUGCCGGCCGCGCCUGGACCCUGGACGGGCUACAUCCGACUGGUGUCGCUGGACCUGUCGUACUCGACCAACCUGCCCGGCAUCCAGCUUGCGCACAUCCUGUGCCUCUCGUGCCCGCUGCUCACCGCGCUCGAUCUUUCGGGCGUCCUGGGAUUUGCCGAGGGCCCGCGCGCAUUGCAGAUGCUGUCGAUCCAUCUGAUCAACCUUCGGUUCCUGGGCCUAAGCUCGACCCCGUGGCUGGAAACAACACACCUGCUCGAUGUGCACUGGGACCGGUAUUGGCGAUAUCUGCAAACCCUCGCAGUGGUGGGCUGUCCCUCGGUCGAUCCAGAGUCGCUCACGCGUUCGCUGCGGGACCUUGGCCGCCACAUCGCUGUUCGGGGCUCAUCCAGGCCGUAGUCACCUGCCGGAUUGCUCAAGUCGGACUGUGCUGCAACAGCGAGGAAUAUAGGCACAGCCAGGGUCGCGUCUCAUCGACAGCAUCUGGAGAGAAUCUG